AUGGCAACGAAGACUUUGGAAGCUCGAUUCGAGCAUCUGUCGGUCAACGACGAGAAUGAGCACCAUGGAACAACGAAGGGUCAUAUCAAAGCCAAGGGAUCCUUAUCAACCGCUGUGUCUUUGACCGGUUUGGGAGCCGGAAACUCUUCAGCAACGAACUCAACACGCAAUCAGCUUUUGAAGAUUGCUUUGCAAAACACAACCGAGUCCAAAGCAAAUGCCGGGUCGCCUGCCAACAAAGAGCAACAGGGACGAUCUGAAGCAAGCUCAACAGUGCUCUACGACCAACCAGCCCCGAAACAAUUACACCUUGGCAUGUUUGAAAUCGGCAAAGCCCUCGGAAAAGGAAAGUUUGGCCGCGUCUAUUUGGCUAAAGAGCGCUCGACGGGAUUUAUCUGUGCCUUGAAGGUUCUUCAUAAAUCCGAACUCCAGCAAGGAGGAGUACAGAAGCAGGUCAGAAGAGAGAUUGAGAUUCAAAGUAACUUGAGACAUCCCAACGUACUGCGACUAUAUGGCCACUUCCAUGACAGCAAGCGAAUCUUCCUUAUUCUAGAGUUCGCUGGCAAGGGUGAGCUGUACAAGCAUCUGCGCAAGGAGCAUCGUUUCCCCGAGUGGAAGUCUGCUCAAUAUAUUGCACAAAUGGCAGCUGCCUUGAAGUAUCUACACAAGAAACAUGUUAUUCACCGAGAUAUCAAACCCGAAAAUAUUCUGGUUGGUAUCCACGGAGAGAUCAAGAUCAGUGACUUUGGCUGGAGUGUGCAUGCACCAAACAACCGAAGGCAAACAAUGUGUGGAACACUUGACUACCUCCCCCCCGAGAUGUUGGUCAGAGGAUCACAGGAAAACUUUUACAGUGACAAAGUUGACCUUUGGAGUCUUGGCGUGUUGACUUAUGAAUUCUUGGUCGGAGAAGCACCGUUUGAGGAUACUCCGGUCAUGACCCAGCGAAGAAUUACCAGAGCUGACAUGACAAUCCCAUCGUUUGUCAGCCCGGAAGCCAGGGACUUUAUCAAGAGGCUCCUUGUUUUAGACCCUGAGAAGCGAAUGUCUAUAGACGAAGCCCAACAGCAUCCAUGGAUCUUGAAGCAUUGCGCCAAGGCAGAAAAGACUACGCAGCGCAGCUCAACCCAGAAAGAAGGCCGAUAG